CUUGCUCUCUGCUCUCUAACAAUCUGCUCAGCGAGGUGUGACCAGAUAUUGUGCAUCUGAAUCCUACACUAGACUUACUGAUGCAGCAAGAGAGGGGAGGAGAGAGAAAGAGGGAGGGAGGGAGAGUGUGUGACCAAAAACGAUUUCUCUCCCACACGCACAGAGAGACAGAUCUCUCUCUCUCUCUCCUGCAGUGGAUUGCUGGUGGCUGUUCUGGAUUCUCUGUUUUCCUCUUCUCCUCAGGGAGAAAGAUUAUUUGCCGCAGAAGCCCAGUGCAUCCGGUGGGCAUUCCUCGGACAGUCAGACACCAUGUGAGCAGUGGUCCAGCACGACUUUAGAGGGGCAGAAUGCUGCUUCUGCGUGGGACUCUUUUGUUCUUCUAUCUCAUCAGUUCCAUCAAUGGGUUUUUCAGCAGGUAUGGGCCAAAACCAACAACCCAAACCAAGGUAGAAUCCAAAGGUUGGGGCAUUUUUGAAAAAAUUCCAUCACUUCCAGAUUUUGGAUCAUUUAAUAUUUUCAGUCAGGCUAAAGGGUCUGCUGCGACAAAGGUGAGCCCGCCACUUCCAGAACCAACCACACAAGACUAUACUCUGAAUUCUGAGGGCUUAACCAGCCCAAAACACCAGCCGACCGCAACCACAAUUGAGGAACUUCAAAGCAGCACCAUUCAGAUAGGCAAUCUGCUGCCUUUCAAAUCAGAAAAAGUGACAACAAAUGACUUGCUCAGGAACAAACCCCGAUUAGAUGGGACUGAACCUCCCUCUAAGCACUAUCAAAGCUAUGAUCUUGAGCACUGGCCCCCCAAUAAUGGCCAAAGCACAGCGAAAACCCCACAAACGACAUCUCCCCAGAUAACUAAACCAGAAAUACAAACAUACACUGUAUCCACAAAUCAAAGUACCAGCACUACUCAGACUGCAACACUGAGAAAGAUUAGGGAAACCAUGAACCCUUACAGUGACCAAACCAUACCCACAGACACUCUGUCAACAACACCAGAACUAACGUCUGCUUUAUUUCAAACCACAAAUUUCAUUACACCAGCUGACCCCAAGCCUGAAGUAUCUACCGUACCUCUGACCACUGUCAGCACUAAACUAAACACAUUGGGGACAACAAACAAAGCCUCGGAUCCAGAAUGGACGCCUUUUAAACCAACUAGCAAGGCUCUGGAGGGAUUUACAUGGGUAGAGAAGACCACAGGCCCAACAGAAGGGGAAAGAGUGCAAAGUGUUGGCCCAGAUCCCACUCCCACCCUGCCAGCAGGAGCAGGUAUUGCAUUGGAGGAAGGCGAUAAGGAAGUGGGGAAGAGUGCUGAUCUGACUACACAAAAGCGACACGAUAAGCUGACAACAUCAGCUAGCACAACGACUCUCAGGAACAAAGGUAUUACAUUGGAGGAAGGCGAUAAGGAAGUGGGGAAGAGUGCUGAUCUGACUACACAAAAGCGACACGAUGAGCUUACAACAUCAGCUAGCACAACGACUCUCAGGAACGAAGAAAUGCCCACCACUAUGUUUGAAGACUGGAUCACAGACCUUACUCAAGAAUCUGCGCUCCCCGACUGCAACGCAGAACGUUCUGGAAUCUGCAGUUCAAGUGACACUUGGCCCACCACUGUCCUGAGCAACAUCAGCAAAAAUGACAGCACAACCACCAUCUCCACCAACCUCUCUCAGAGUCCAAUCCUGUUUCCAGCCCCACCCAUGUUUGUGGCACUGUAUUCUGAUUGGAACAGUGCCCUGGCAGCAUGGGGUUCAGCAUGGGAUGCACACAUUUACGGCCUGGGCACUGUGUUCUGUCUAGUCGCUUUGGCCUCCACCCUGAACCUUCUGUGCCUGCCCCUACAGUACCCAUCAGGCUGUGGCUACUUUGCUCUGGUCAGUCUCUGCCUGAUGGCCGCUGGCUGCACUAGGGCCUUUGCCCUAUUGUACGAUGCUUACGGAUACCAGGACCGCAUGGCAUCCACAGAGGCCUCGCUGUUACUUUACGAGGCACCAUUCCCCUGCAUAACUGCUGCCUUCGGCCUAGUAUUCCUGCUCCUGUCAAUGCGCUCUCGUAUGCAGCUGUCCUAUUCCGCCUUUCAAAGACCUUGUUUCCUGGCCUGCUUGGUGUUUCUGCACUUUGCUGCUGCCUUUGGACCUGUUGCAUUGCUCCAUGUUGACCAGCAGGUCUACCUGUUUCUGUCCUUGAUCUCUAGAGGUGCCUUUGUGGCUCUGGCAGCUUUCCUAUCAGCUGCAUAUUUUGUGUUCUACUGCUACGUUCGCGCCGACUCCAAGCAUAUUUAUCAUCUGAACAACACAUCACCAACACCAGCUGAACGCUACAACCGCUGCCCAUUUGCAGAAAGCCGAGAUUGGGACCGGGCAGCAGCUGCAGUGCUACUCUCUGCUGUCUUCUCUCUAGCUUGUGCGGGCCUACAACUCUAUGCCAUGCUGCAUGCUCUCGGCAUUGCUGGAAGUGCUGAGUCCUUUCGGCCUUGGCCGUGGUGGACUUUCCAAUUCAGCUGCCGAGUGUGUGAAGCAGUGGUCUGCCUCACACUGGUUCUGGUAGUUGCUCAACCAGUCUACUGUUCUGAUCAUCUUCCCCAACCAGGCAGUUGCUGGAAAGAUCUUCUUACGGCAAAGUCACCUAUCAUUCCUGGGAGCUACCAGUGGACUCUAUCCCAGCAGGAGAAGCUGGCCAUCUGCGAUCCAAUCGGGCAUGGAGAUACAGAGUGCCUGCCCUUGUACACAUUGGUGGAUGACCGUCUCAGUAGCUUGAAUGGCCUUGACCUUUUAUACCAUAGCAAUCGGGCAUUGGCCUAUCGGGACCUUGACCUGGACUUGCCCAACAUUGGUGCCCCUUCUGUGGGUUCAUCAUGUACUAGCGACUCCACAGCAGACCUGCGCCCUCCGUCCCCCAUAAAUCUGCGUCGAAGCAUUGAUGAGGCACUGUUUAGCGAGUCUCUAUUUCCCAUGAGUAUCUUCAGCCCCUUACGACCUUUCACCUCUAGUGACCACUGCCUGAACGGUAGAGAGACCAACUCCAGUGGUACCCAAACCCUGAGAGACACCCUUACUCCUGAUCCAGGCCUGUACCGAACAUCUUCAUGUGUGGAAGUGCUACCCCAAUUUCCCCUUCCUUCUCAAGCCCAACCAGAAGGUCCAUCACUGGGUUUUCCUCCAUCUCCGUCUCCCUCACUGUCAUCUUCCACUUGCUGCUCAUCUCCAGAGCCCUGGAGAGGCAGCUCCAGUUCCUGUUCCCUCUACAGACAGUCUCAGGGUGGAUCAUCACUGAUUUUGUGCUCUAGUCCAGAGGGACACCAUCCACCACCCAGUGGGGGUUCCAGCCACCAAGGGGGAAGCUUACAGAGACCCUACAGAACAUUAAAGGCAGAGGAGAGUCUGGACCAGCAAUCAGAGUUUGACCAGUCUGUCCAAGAAGAAUUUAUCAGUGUGUGCAGAGAGAUUGAUGCUCAUAGCGUCUGCAGUGAGACUAUUGACCUCUAGGGGGAGACCUUGACUUUCAGACACAACCGAAUGACGUAACAUGAUGAUGCCAAAAGAGUUUCAGUGAUGUGAUGGGAAAGUAAUGUGCAGCUCAGGUGAUUUGGUGAGUGUUUACCAAGGUGUCAAAACACAUUUGCUCUAUGUAGAUAUAUUGGAAAAUGUUUUAUGGACCAGAACUGUGCCAAAUGUUUCAUUUUGUAGGGGUGCUUGUUGGUUUGUCAGGUAAGUUCUCCAAAGAGAUGGAUUCUGAAGUCAAUAUCCUUGUAAAGGUUUAAGAAGUGCCACCGAUUGCCAGACGCAUAGACAGAUUUUGUACAAAGGUUUUUUGAUAAUUAUUGAUAAAUUUGUAAUUGUAAACAAAAGCAAAAAAAGCAACAAAAAAAGUGUUUUAGAACUUCUUUUCAAUGCUAAUAGUGUAUGUUUGUAUGAAUUUGUACAAAAUCCGUUUUUGGUCUAUAUGAUUAAUACUGUGAUUGUGCAAACUACUGAUAACCAUACUGUAAAACACAUAAUAUGGACUAUAACAUCAGAAAAUAGUUUCAAAUUAAAUGCUGUACAACCUGCCAAAUCCAAUUUUAUAAUCUCAUAAUUUUAAAUAUAUGGAAAAGGUCUUUGGGCUUCUAGUCUUUGGUUGCACAUGUAACUUUGUUUAUCAAUGCAUUAUGUUGAGGACCUAUACAGUUUUAUGAACAGAGAGGAUAAAAAACUUCAGAGUAGGAUGGAAGUACUCUUGCAAUACACUCUGCUGAUAAUAACUUACAACUGCGCUAUAGACUGCCAUUUUAUCCUGCUUAUAGUGUAUAUUUGAUAUGAACUACACUUAAUGAAUAAUCUGCCAGGUUUUACAUCGUUUUCAAAUAAUCGUAACACUGUUACUUCAAUACAUAUUAAAAUCAAGAAAAAGUGACUUUGUACAUUUUAUAGUGUGCAUGUCCUGAAAAUAUGAACUAUGUGAGAAACUGCUGAUACAUCUAAUGUUAGUCAUUUAGAGGCUGUUGAAGAUUUUCAAUAAAUAUAUUGAAAAUUGA